ACAUUGUGUGAACUGUGAACUAUUCCGUGCCACAAUGCAAACACAAGGGCCCACAUCGCGAGACAAUCAUCUUUGCUGCUUGCGAGGGAAACUCAUGAUCUCAUGAACGUGAGGCUAGAGGCCACUGAGCUGACAUAAUCUCGGGAUUUUAACUCGAGCACCCUUAGAAUAGAAUAGCUGCAGUCACUACGUGUGUGGGGAGCAUGUUGUGGCAGUAGGUGAGGUGACAGCGGCAGAGCGGUGGCGAUGGACGACCCGCAGCGCAUCGCGCGCGAGCGCCUCGCCUGCGAGCUCGCCAACAACCGCAGCGCGCCGCCGCCCGGCGUGUACUGCGCGGGCACGUUCGACACGUGGCUGUGCUGGCCGCACACGCGCGCCAACGCGACAGCUGUCCAGCGCUGCCCCGCCUUCGUGCCCGGCUUCAGCCCCGACCGGUUGGCGCACAAGGAGUGCACGGCGGACGGCACGUGGUGGCGGCACCCCGACUCGGGCCGGCCCUGGUCCAACUAUACCACCUGUGUCAAACCGGAAGAUGACGUGAGCGAAGUGAUCGCGCUGUACCAGACCGGUUACAGCCUGUCGCUAGUGGCGCUGCUGUUGUCGCUCGCCAUCCUCUCCUACUUCAAAAGUUUGCGGUGCGCCCGAAUAACCGUGCACAUAAAUCUGUUCGCGUCGUUCGCGCUCAACAACGCGCUGUGGCUGGCGUGGUACGGGCUGGUGGUGGACAACGCGGACACGCUGCGGGCGUCGCCGCUGUGGUGCCGCGCGCUCAACGCCGUGCUGCAGUACGCGCUGCUCACCAACUACACGUGGAUGCUGUGCGAGGGGCUGUACCUGCACACGGUGCUCGUCAGCGCGUUCGUGUCCGAGCGCCGGCUCGUGCGCGCGCUGCUGGGCGCCGGCUGGCUGCUGCCGUUGCCCUCCGCCGUGGUGCAUGCGGCACGCCGCGGCUUGGCCGACGAGCCGCUGUGCUGGGCCGACGACGGAGCGCCGCGCCCCGAGCUGGCCGUGCUCGUGUGCACCGCUGUGCUGCUCAACGUGGCCUUCCUGUGCAACAUUGUGCGCGUGCUGUGCACCAAGUUGCGUGCGGGCGGCGGCGCGGGCGUGGCGCGCCCUUCCGCCACGGCGCUGCACGCGCUGCGGGCUACGUGCCUGCUGGCGCCGCUGCUGGGCGUGCAGUACCUGCUGACGCCGUGCCGGCCAGCGCGCGACUCGGCGUGGUGGCUCGCGUACGAGUAUGUGUCGGCCGUCACCACCUCCCUCCAGGGUUUCUGCGUCGCGGUCCUGUACUGCUUUUGCAACGGGGAAGUUCUCGCUCAAUUACGGCGAAAAUGGCGCAUCUUGACUUUCAGGACCAGAACGAAUUCCACAACGAAUACUACAGUUUCGUUCGUGCGGUCAGGCGGACCGGGCGGCGGCGAGGACAAAGUGUGACUGUCAGCGAGCGGCGCG